CCUUCGCAGCGCCUGCCGUAACAAUAUGGCAGCAGCUGCUAUUGGUAGGGACGCGGUGUGAGCGGCGGUGGUGGUAGCAGCAGCUGCUGCUCAGGCUCCUUCUCACCGUGUGCGCCCUUCUCCAGCGCCCCCUUCCCCCCGCGGCUGGCUCAGGGCCAGGCCGGCGGCAGGACCGAGCCAUGGCAGCUUCCUGUCUGAACAGUCAUCUGCUUGAUGAGCACCUGAUCUUGAGAGACAUGUAUUGCCUUGAUAAGCCAUGCUGUAUUUGAUGUUAUCUACAUAAUUGUUGCUGUUGGACCUUCUGCAUCUGUUACCUGGAGCAGCACACUAUAUGAUUGCAAGACAGGAUGAGCAAUUAAGGUCUUUCCUUUCGUGCAGUUGAGGUUUUUGGCAUAUAUUCAUAGACUCUGACGAGACAAUAAUGGAGGCGCUGAGUGGCAGGUGCUGACAGAUUCUGUGGUUCCAGUAACUGUUCAUUUUGAUAUCAUUUGCAAUUCUAUACAUCUAAAUGCCACAGUUCUCUUGGGGAAAGUUGCAUUGGCUACCAAUAUUGCCUUGUAAGACCUUAAAACCAUGGGAAACGCGGAAAGCCAAAAUGUAGAGCAUGCAUUGUAUGGAGACAAGCACGCCAGUCUGGGACGGAAGCACACAUCACGCUCACUUCGCCUUUCAAAUAAAACUUCUCGACGGACCAGGCAUGCUUCUUCAGGGAAGGUUAUCCACAGGAACUCAGAAGUGAGCACCCGAUCUAGCAGUACUCCUAGCAUCCCCCAGUCACUGGCAGAAAAUGGCCUGGAGCCUUUUAACCAAGAAGCCAAUUUAGAGGACUUUGGAAGCCCCAUUUGGGUGGACAGAGUGGAUAUGGGCUUAAGGCCUGUUUCUUACCACACCGAUUCUUCUGUUACUCCGAGCGUGGACAGCAGCACAGUUCACACGGCAGCCUCAGUGCAGAGCAUGCCAGACACAGAAGAAAGCAGACUUUAUGGGGAUGACACUACAUUUUUGGCUGAAGAAGAUGGCAGACAGCAUCGAUAUUCAACAAACGGGACAACUUUCAUGGAAACUGCAAGCUUCAAGAAAAAGCGUUCAAAAUCUGCAGAUAUCUGGCGGGAGGAUAGCUUGGAAUUUUCGCUCUCUGACCUCAGCCAAGAACAUUUAACAAGCAAUGAAGAAAUCUUAGGUUCAGCUGAGGAGAAGGAUGGUGAGGGGAUUCGAGGCACAGAAGCAAGCAACAGUCCCCAGCAGCUGGUCACCUGCCAACGUGCCAAUUCUAUGAGUGACUUGUAUUCUCCAAAAAACUCAGGUGCUACAAUAAAUGGAGGCCCACGAAACACCUUUGGGGCUUAUUGUCGGAACUUAGUGUCCGAUAUUCCAGAUAUUGGAAACCAUAAGAUGGCGUCAGCUACAGCAGAGGAUACUCCUUCCUACAGUAAUUAUAAUACACUCCCCUGUAGGAAAUCUCACUGCCUUUCAGAAGGUGCCACCAACCUACAAAUCAGCCACAGCAACAGCAUGCAAGGCCGAAGGGCAAAAACUGCUCAGGAUGUGAAUGCAGGUGAAGGGAGUGAAUUUGCUGACAGUGGAAUCGAGGGCGCAACCACCGAUACAGACCUCCUCUCCAGACGUUCAAAUGCUACAAACUCUAGCUAUUCUCCAACGGCUAGUCGAGCUUUCAUUGGCAGCGACAGCGGCAGCAGCUCUACAGGAGAUGGGGUCCGUCAGGGAGUGUAUGAGAACUUCCGAAGGGAGCUGGAAAUGAGCACCACCAACAGCGAGAACUUGGAAGAAGCUGGUUCAACCCUGAGUGAUGAGCAAAGCAGUGGUACCUUGAGUUCUCCAGGGCAGUCUGACAUUCUCCUUACAGCUGGCCAGGGCACUGUACGGAAAGCUGGGGCUCUUGCAGUGAAAAAUUUUCUGGUGCACAAAAAGAAUAAGAAAGUGGAGUCGGCUACACGCAGGAAAUGGAAACACUAUUGGGUUUCCUUAAAAGGAUGUACAUUAUUCUUCUACGAGAGUGAUGGCAGAUCUGGAAUAGACCACAACAGCAUCCCAAAGCACGCUGUCUGGGUGGAAAACAGUAUAGUGCAAGCAGUGCCCGAGCACCCAAAGAAAGACUUUGUUUUCUGCCUCAGUAAUUCCCUUGGGGAUGCAUUUCUCUUUCAGACCUCUAGCCAGACCGAACUAGAGAAUUGGAUCACUGCAGUCCAUUCUGCUUGUGCCACUGCGGUAGCAAGACAACAUCACAAAGAGGACACGGUCAAACUGUUGAAAACUGAAAUAAAAAAGCUGGAACAGAAGAUAGAUAUGGAUGAGAAAAUGAAGAAAAUGGGUGAAAUGCAGCUGUCCUCAGUAACGGACUCCAAGAAGAAGAAGACCAUACUUGAUCAGAUCUUUGUUUGGGAACAGAACCUUGAACAGUUCCAAAUGGACCUAUUUCGGUAUCGUUGUUAUUUAGCUAGCCUCCAAGGAGGGGAGCUGCCAAACCCAAAAAGGCUACUUGCUUUCGCAAGUCGUCCAACUAAAGUUGCAAUGGGCCGUCUUGGAAUCUUUUCAGUAUCUUCUUUUCAUGCACUGGUGGCAGCUCGCACUGGGGAGGCCGGAGUAAGAAGAAGAACACAGGCCAUGUCCAGAUCCGCCAGCAAACGGAGAAGCAGGUUUUCUUCUCUUUGGGGACUGGAUACUACCUCAAAGAAAAAACAAGGGAGGCCAAGCAUUAACCAGGUCUUUGGUGAAGGAGUUGAUUCCGUGAAGAAGUCUUUAGAAGGAAUCUUUGAUGAUACAGUACCAGAUGGCAAGAGGGAAAAAGAAGUGGCACUGACCAGCACCCAUCAGCAUAAUCCUGAUUGUGAUAUUUGGGUUCAUGAGUAUUUUACGCCAUCUUGGUUCUGCCUGCCAAAUAACCAGCCUGCUUUGACAGUAAUCCAUCCAGGUGACACCACAAGAGAUGUUUUGGAAAUGAUUUGUAAGACAUAUCAGCUGGAUCAUUCAGCUCACUUUCUACGUCUUAAGUUCCUGAUAGAAAACCAGAUGCAAUUUUAUGUACCAAAGCCAGAAGAGGACAUCUAUGAAUUGUUAUACAAAGAAAUUGAAAUCUGUCAAAAAAUUACACAGCACAUUCAGAUUGAGAAGUCCGAUACAGCCUCUGAUUUUUAUGGCUUUUCUCUCUCUUCUGUGGAAGAAGAAGGGUUUCGUAGGCUUUAUGUGAACCGUGUAAAAGAGACGGGUCUGGCUUUCAAGAAAGGCCUUAAAGCUGGUGAUGAAAUUGUUGAGAUUAACAAAAGAGGAGCAGAAGACCUGGAUUCAACCAUGCUGAAAGAUGCCCUUGUUCAGCCUUCACUGUGCCUUACAGUGCGUACUUAUCCUGAGAUAGAGGGGGGGCAGAAGUUAAUGCAACUACCCCCACGUCGCAUGGAAAACCUGUCUGACUUGAGUGACAGUGCACUGAUGUAUAGCGGCAGUAACCAAGGGCACACGCUCUUCAGCGAACAAGAAAGCAGUGCUGAGGCAGCUCCAGAAGAAGCAGAAGUGCCUGAUUUGGAGACCUCUGAUGAGACAGAUAGGAUGAGCAAGAGUACAGAACAAGUUGCUGCAUUUUGUCGCAGUCUACAUGAGAUGAAUCCUUCUGAUUCGAGUUUGCAUCCUCAAGAAUUUACAGGGCCUCAGCUGUCCACCAUGAGACAACUUACAGAUGCUGAUAAACUGCGCAAGGUUAUUUGUGAAUUGCUUGAAACAGAACGCACCUAUGUCAAAGACUUAAACUGUCUAAUGGAAAGAUACCUGAAACCUCUACAAAAAGAAACUUUCCUCACUCAAGAUGAGCUCGAUGUUCUCUUUGGGAAUUUGACUGAAAUGGUAGCAUUCCAGGUGGAGUUCCUGAAAACUCUGGAAGAUGGAGUGAGGCUGGUGCCAGACCUGGAAAAGCUUGAAAAAGUUGACCAAUUUAAGAAAGUGUUGUUUUCCUUGGGUGGAUCCUUUCUUUACUAUGCUGACCGUUUCAAGCUGUACAGUGCCUUCUGUGCCAGCCACACUAAAGUUCCAAAAGUCUUAGUAAAAGCUAAGACAGACACUGCUUUUAAGGCAUUUUUGGAUGCUCAGAAUCCUAGACGGCAACACUCCUCAACACUGGAGUCUUACCUUAUCAAACCUAUCCAGCGGAUACUAAAGUAUCCUCUCCUGCUGAGGGAACUCUUCGCUCUGACUGAUGCAGACAGUGAAGAACACUAUCACCUUGAUGUGGCCAUAAAAACAAUGAACAAAGUUGCCAGCCAUAUUAAUGAAAUGCAGAAAAUACAUGAAGAGUAUGGUGCAGUGUUUGAUCAGCUUAUAGCAGAACAGACUGGGGAAAAAAAAGAGGUUGCAGACCUUUCCAUGGGAGACCUACUUUUGCAUAAUACAGUGAUCUGGCUUAACCCUCCUGCAUCACUGGGGAAAUGGAAGAAGGAACCUGAGUUAGCAGCAUUUGUGUUCAAAACUGCUGUUGUCCUUGUAUAUAAAGAUGGUUCCAAACAGAAGAAGAAACUUGGAGGAUCACAUAGGGCUUCAAUUUAUGAAGACUGGGACCCAUUCCGUUUUCGUCACAUGAUUCCCUUAGAAGCUCUGCAGGUUCGCGCACUGGCAAGUGCAGAUGCAGAGACCAAUUCCGUGUGCGAGAUUGUUCAUGUUAAAUCUGAGUCCGAAGGCAGACCAGAGAGAACAUUCCACCUCUGCUGUAGUUCCCCAGACCACAGAAAGGAUUUUCUGAAGGCUGUGCACUCCAUUCUACGUGAUAAGCACAGAAGGCAGCUUCUUAAAACUGAAAGUCUGCCCUCAUCCCAACAAUAUGUUCCUUUUGGAGGGAAAAGACUGUGUGCUCUAAAAGGUGCAAGGCCAGCAAUGAACAGGGCAGUGUCUGCCCCAAGCAAGUCUCUUGGGAGGAGGAGGCGGCGGCUGGCCCGAAACAGGUUUACCAUUGACUCGGAUGCUGUCUUCGAAAGCAGCCCUGAUAAAGAAUCCCAGCAGCCCACAGCCAGUGGGGACACUGACCGCUGGGUAGAGGAACAGUUUGACCUUGCUCAGUAUGAGGAGCAGGAGGACAUCAAAGAAACAGACAUCCUCAGCGAUGACGACGAGUACUGUGAGUCUACGAAAAGCACCACAGUUGACAGAGAACUUCAGGAGCAGUUGCAGGCUGCUUCCAUUACAAGCAGCCAGUCACGUCGGGCAGAGAAAGCACGGCAUGUAAUGGGCACGCAUGCUGCCAGAAUGACUCAGUUGAAGAAGCAAGCUGCACUCUCUGGGAUCAAUGGCGGGGUGGAAAGUAAUAGUGAAGAAGUCAUCUGGGUUAGGCGUGAAGACUUUGUACCUAGCAGAAAACUGAACACUGAGCUCUAAACCUGUCACUUUCUCAUUAGAUGGUCUGUGUAGAUAUCUCCCCUCUUCCCCCCAAAUACAUGCAGUGGAGCAUGAUCCCUUAGCUUGCACACACAGUUUUGGCAGCUGAACCGCUCUGAAACUGCAGCCACAUUUUAGGAACUUUAAAAGGCGGGCGGGGAGUGUAAAAUUUGAAAUAAGCUGGAGUCCUAUCUGUAUAUUACUAAGGGCUUUUAAACUUUUAUUUAUUCUAAAAUGGGAUACGUAAUAUCACUGGAGAAAAGUUACUGUCGGCAUCUUACGUAUGUGCAACUUAAGUGAUAGCACAAUGAACAAAGAGGUUUUUGUAUCUGUGAAAUGUCAAUCAGAGGCUCAUCUCCUUAAUGAGGAAACUGCCUUUCUAAUCUGUACAGCUGCGGUGUUCUUAAUCUUUUCCCUCUUAAAAGACUAUACAUGUAUUUUAGGAGUGUGUGAGGAAAGGUUGGGAUUUAUGUUGUGCUGCGUUCUCUUGGUGUGUCUGGUCUAACUUAUUUUCAGUGUUGGAAGCUCUAAUUUUACAUAACAUUUUAUAAAGUUGCCAAACUCUUGAAAGCGAUCCAAAUUUAACACUUGAAAUUUUUUUUUGUACUUUUUACCUGAGAUGCAGAGGCACAAAUGGGUAAGAAUGUUAGUGUUACUUAGGAUAGGAGGCUAGCCUUUUUUGCAGAGGGUUCAGUAGGCUAGUUUUUAUAUUAUAUUAAAAUAUCAACUGGAAACUCCUGCUUAGGGAUAACUGGAAUUCAGUUAUGUUACAAAUAAUGUGACUGAAUUACAAAGAGGGCUAAAUUAAUCCACGACUUCAGUGGAGUCAUAUCAGGGAUGAAUUUGGCCCAUUAUGACUGACAACAUUUGGGUUUAGGGGAGGGGGGGAAUUUAUGGCCAAAAAACUGACCUCAUCCAACUCUUAGUGUGGAUGAAACUAGUGUAUAUAUAAAUUCCUUUGUAAAGGCUUUUUCCACUGCAAUACACUAUGAACAAAGUUCUAAAUAAGCAAACCUCUCAAACCUUUUUAUUUAAAUAUCUAAAACAGGGUAAAAAAUCUAGUGUUUUUAACGUAGACUUCCAAAUAUAAAAAAAGAGAAAAUAUAGCACUUUUAAUUUUUUUAGAUUUAUAUAGCUUUCCCAUUUCACUUUCCACCUACAAAAGAGGAAGAUAAUGACAUUUUCUUUGUAUCUAUUGAUGUUUGACACAUUGGUGGAUACUUUGAAACCUGGUAUUUUAUAAAUAGCUUUAGGACUAUAUUUUAUAAGAUCAGCUGUGACUAUAUUUUGAAACAUAACAAAUUGUUCCCCCCCAAAACAUCAAAUGUCUUGUGUCCCAGCCAGCAUUCCUUCCCCACCCCUCUCCCCGCCACCAGCUGGUUACCAGUGCACUAUAGUCUUUUGAAUGUUUUCUUGUAUCUGCUUUUGCUAUCUUCUGAUUUUUCUUUUCCUAAAAGCUUUAGAACGAUUUCUAUACCCUUUUAUCAUCACUUCAUUGUUCUAUAUCAUCUAAAGUCCAUUGUGUCCCAAUUUAGUAGAAAAGCAGAGGUUGUAGUUGUCCUACUGGAAUACAGACAGUUGGGAAAGACUGGAAAGUCUGGUGCUUGGGAGGGUGCCAUUGUUCUUGUACAUAAUGUCAUGACAUGUCUAUGUCAAAGGUUCUUGUAUAUUUCUUUUAUAAGCUGAAAGAAGGUCUAUUUUUAUGUUUUUAGGUCUAUGAAUGGAACGUUGUAAAUGCCUGUCAAACAAUAAAAUACUGAAAACAUCUGAA